UAUCGAUAAAGUAUCGCCCAUCCCUACUACCUACUUAACUUAUUUUAAAUUGUGCCUUGUUCUAAGGUUAGUGCGUUUUUUUUUGUGGGCUUACAAGUUAUCAUACUAAGAAUGUCUAUUGGAGUUCCUAUAAAAGUUUUACAUGAAGCAGAGGGUCAUAUUGUUACUUGUGAAACUAUUACUGGCGAAGUGUACAGAGGUAAACUUAUAGAAGCCGAGGAUAACAUGAAUUGUCAACUUAUGCAGCUUACUGUAACGUACCGAGAUGGAAGAACAGCGAAUUUAGAAAAUGUUUACAUUCGAGGGUCUAAAAUACGUUUUUUAAUACUUCCGGAUAUGCUUAAAAAUGCUCCGAUGUUCAAAAAGCAAGGAACAAAAGCCGGCACCGCUGGAAGAGGAAAAUCUGCGAUUUUGCGGGCACAAGCUGCUAGAGGACGUGGUCGUGGUGGUGGGGGUGGUAAUCCAGGCCCUCGUCCUACAGGAAAAGGUAAUUGGCAGAGUCAAGGACCGUCUGGCGGCAGAGGUAGAGGCGGUUUAUAAACAGUUAUUCACAAACAUUCAAACUGAAAUUACUCACUAAUAAUGCAUUCUUAAUAAAAGAAUUUUGGUCCAAA